ACGUGGGUACUGCGCAUGCACUGAGCCGGAAGUUGCUGUUUAAAGUUAGCGGCGAAGCGUAAAGGCUGUAACUGGUUCCCUACAACCUUCUUGCAGACCGAGGGCUGGGAACCCACGUUGGGUCCACUAAGAGGUGUCAGGCUGAGUUCUCUUCUUUAAGAAUCUUGGCUUCGGCGUUUGGGGCCAACUCAGGUCGCGUUCGCGGGCCGGUUAUUCCUGAAUUCUCGCGAGAUCGGCGGGCUGACCGGCCAGCCGGUAUCUCCUAGGAGCCGGACCAGGUCCCCGGAGUUUCAGAGACGUGGAGUAGCGGCCUCGCCCGGGAGCCUGCUUAACGACGGCUAACGCCGCCUGGCAUCCCGGCAGAGAUGGAUGAGGAUCUGGUGUUGGCACUACGGCUUCAGGAGGAGUGGAAUUUGCAGGCGUCGGAGCGCGAUCGGGCCCAGGCGCCCCUAUCGCUGGUGGACGCGUCCUGGGAGUUGGUGGACCCAACCCCGGAUUUGCAGGCCCUCUUUGUGCAGUUCAACGAUCGGUUCUUCUGGGGUCAGCUGGAGGCUGUCGAAGUGAAGUGGAGCAUGCGAAUGACCCUUUGUGCCGGAAUAUGCAGCUAUGAAGGGCGAGGUGGAAUGUGUUCCAUCCGGCUCAGUGAACCCCUUUUAAAGCUGAGAACAAGAAAGGAUCUUGUAGAGACCCUCUUGCAUGAAAUGAUCCACGCCUAUCUAUUUGUCACGAAUAACGACCAGGACCGGGAAGGGCACGGCCCGGAGUUCUGCAAACAUAUGCACCGCAUCAAUCGCCUGACUGGAGCCAACAUAACGGUGUACCACACGUUCCAUGACGAGGUGGACGAGUACCGGCGACACUGGUGGCGCUGCGACGGGCCGUGUCGGCACAGGAAGCCCUACUACGGCUACGUGAAGCGCGCCACCAACAGGGCGCCGUCGGCCCACGACUACUGGUGGGCGGAGCACCAGCGCACGUGCGGCGGCGCCUACGUGAAGGUCCGGGAGCCCGAGAACUACGGCCGCAGAGGCCAGGCCCGGAUGAACCGGGGAGGGCCGGCGGCGGCCGGGAAGAAAGAUGAAGCCAACAGAGGUGAGACCCAACGGUUAAUCCCGUUCAGCGGGCAAGGACACGUUCUGGGAGACACAAGCAAUUCGCCUCCACCCGGGAGACUUGGCGCUUCACACACCGUCUGUAAAACCCAAGAUCUUUUAGGUCAAGACCAGUCAGCAGAGGCUCUGAGACAGAAAUCUAAAACUGAGGUGAAAUCAGAACAGAAUGAUUCAAGCAAAAAAACGUCUCUAGUCUCCCCUGUUCUCACUGCUGGUCACCAAAAUGUCAUCAGCAACUACUUUCUUAGAGUAUCAGCUGUCAACCAGAAGGCCUUCGGAAGUGUGAGUGGAACCCCAACAAAAAGCGGGACGGUCGGCGACAUUCCCCAAAACUCCGUCUCUUCCCGUUCUCACAGAAGGGUCACCUCCUCUAAGAAACCCCGGAGAGAUUCUUUAAAAGCCCCGGAAUCCACCUCUGUGACCGUGCCCCCAGAUGGGAGUGAGCCCGAAGAGAGGGUGCCCAGUAAACGAGCCAGGCUAGAAGACAAGGCUGUUUUUGACCAUUUUUUUGUCAAGAAAGAGCAAAUAGAUGAUGGUGCCAGUGAUCCCACAGGGAGCUCACGUUCUCCCGCUGAGGCUCAGAGCUGCGGCGGCUCAGCCAGGGAGAGCAGAGCCGUCCACUGUCCUGUUUGUCAGACCCAAGUUCUCGAGUCUCAAAUUAAUGAGCACUUGGACCGGUGCCUUGAAGGUGACAGCAUCAGUGUCAAAAGUUGAAGUCUUCUAGAAACAGACGGGUGGCCCACACCACCCAUGUUAUCUCACUAGGAUAGCGUCAGCCCCUCAGGAAGUUCUGGUUCUUACUAAGGUGUGUCAGUUAGAAUCUAGUUCUAUUUUAUAUAUACCCGUAUGAGAUAUAAUGAGAAACAGUUUACGUUUCGAGGUGCUACUUCCCUCUUGCCUUGCCAGAUUUUACCCUAUCGAGAAUUUUUAGAUAUUUUUGUUCCUGCUGUUAAUCUUUUUAUUUGCAUACCUUCCUCAGAAUACUCCGUGAGAAAUCCUGUCAGGUGCUUGGUUACACUGAGGAUUUCUGCAGUGAUGUUAAAACUCAGUCCUGGAAUGGAUGUUAAUUUCAGUCUCAGGCACACUGACCAAAAAUACAGUCUGGAGUACAAAGUUGUUUCAGGGUACUCAGUGGUUUGUUUUUUGUUUUUUAAAAAUCUUCACAGGAAAAAAUUUUCUAUAUCUUAAGGAAUCUUAUGUCUGUCAUCACUAAAAGGUGGCAGCAGAUUUUAGGUUAAAGUAUAUAAGGAGUCCAGUGAAAUUAACCUCUUUUAGAAAUUUACUAGUAACAAAUAGCUACUGCAGCUUUGUAGGCCAGAGUUGAGCGGUUUUCUCAACACGUGGCCGAGGGAGUGGAUCCCGGAGUAACUGGCCUAGAUGGCAUCACAGGGCUGCCCCGUUCCUCUUCACAGCAGCACAGUGCCUGGAAACGUUUUAUGAACCUUAAGCUAAAACUGUAACUGUUUUAAUAAAGAGUACCAUUUGUUUUGAGAAGUACAA